UAACAGUUCGCUAGUAAGCCAGCUGGGACACAGUUUAUUUUUACUUAAAAUCUUUCGAAGAAAGUGUAUAUAAGAAACAAAAAUAAAUAAAUAAAUAAAUUGUUCAUUGAAAACCGUUCUUCUCGAUUCAGUGGUGGAUAGAAAAGUGCCAAAAAAAAAUAAAUUAUUAUUCUAAAAUUAUUUUCCACUUACCUUAGAUGUGACAGCGGCUGAUAUAUUUGAAAGUCCUCAGAGCUGCUACUCUAACUUCAUUUUUACUAAAACUAAAAACUUUUGCAUGGUUUUAUAUUGGAUUAAUUUACGCAAGACAUGCUAGAGAGAACUCUUUACUAGAGAAAGUUGCAACCCAGGGUGUGUUCUUUCCUUGUUUCACCUUUACAACAACAGCGAUAACUCUCCAGUACUGCGGGCAACGAGCAGAAGAACCAAAGACCAGAGAGGACAAGCAACUUCCUCCAAAACCCAAAAUGCAACCAUCUUUUCUACAAGGCAUGGUACAGCUUACAUCCAGUCCUCGCCUGCUGUUCGUUCUGCUAGUUCUUGCAUGCUACCACGGCUCCUUGUUCUUCACGCCACGUCCUUCCACCUCAGAGUCCUCUUCAUCGACCUCCUCCUUCACCUGGACCUCCUCCUCCAGCUGGUUCUCCCUCCUCCACUCCGCCUUCUUCGAAAAGACGGGCGCUUCUGGGUGGGGCUCAGUCGGGGUCGGGGCCUACAGGGUGUGUCAGCCCUCCACGGAGCAACAGCGCCUGGUCCAGAUGCUGAACAUGAUGGAGUCUGUGGAGCACAUCAACCCAGAGAACCUGGAGCAGCUCAUCCGCAGCGGUGGGCAGCACAACCUGUCCGCCGUCUGCCCGGCGUUCCGCCCCACUGACCGCACGGGCCUGGAGAGCCAGUCGCUGUGUCCGUGGACCCUGGAGGAGAACUACGAGGUGAACCGCUUUCCUCGCCUCCUGAUGUUCGCUCGGUGCAUCUGCGGCCAUUGCAGGGGGGCAGGGUGGGGAAACGGACCUCCCACACUCUACUCCUGCGUACCGCUGUACCACCGCGUGGCAGUCAUCCGCGAGACGUGUGGACCGUCCGGGGAAGUCCACUUCCGGUGGGACCGCGAGUCCAUUCCCGUGGGUUGCGUCUGCGCACACCCUCCCGCGCGACGGGUGGACAGAAAAUAAGAGUUGACGCCCCUGUGGCCAGAAAGAAAAAGACAACUUCAAAGUUUGUUUACAAACGAACUUGGGAUCAAACUUUGAAGACAUGCCCAAUGAAAAUCUGGAUUUAAAAAAAAAACUUUGUUCACAGAUAAAUUAUAACUGAUAUUGCCGAACAUGCUUUCUUGUUGACUUUUUGUACAGCAUGACAGAUGGAUAGUUAUAGAAACAAGCAGAUGCCUUGUGGGAAAACAAUCACAAGUGGGGCCUUCUCCAUAUCUCCCCACCUGGUGACUUCCUUAGUCCAACGCAUGUGUGGGUUUCUUUCGGGAAAUAAAUGUUUCUGCCCUUCAAACUGCAGUUACUCUGUCGCGCUGGUUGCUUGGGGUGGGCUGCAUGGAGUGUCGCUAUGAUGGCUAAGUCGAAGCAGUCGGCUAGAAUGUUCGUAAAAUAGAAUUUAGCUGACAGCUACAAGUUAGCCAUGCAGCCAGCGCCUAGCGAUGUUUUGUGUAACUACCCCGUAGCCUACUUUGUUGAUGGUUGUGCAAUUAUCGUAAUCUUUUUUCGCCCUGUUUAUUCUUUAUUAACAGACUAGACCGAGUUACAUCAGCUUUCUUGGGUUUUUUUCCAAUUGUAAAACUGUCCGUAAAAUUAAGCAGAAUAAAAGGUUCAUGCCACCCCAGUACGUAGAAAGCAUUGUGAUUUAUUCUACAUACAACCUGUGAUAUAUAUAUAAAGACAGACAUCCCACGAAUAAAAUCAAUUUUUAUCUCAAAUUUUCGCUGUAUUGGAAAGGCUUUCUGUUGUUUUCCUUUAAAGCUACUACAUUUCCUCAUGGCGAAAAUAAACAUUAAGUUAGUUGUUCACUAUUCUAGAACAGAAAAUAGUAGAACGAAGUAUAGCAAUUUUUUAAUAUUUCAAAAAUAAAAUAUCUUAUCUGAUUGUGAGUUUUGACACAAAAUGUCGAGGCCUAAUUCUUAACACUAAGCCAAUUUUUCUUUAACUGAGUAUUUAGCUGGGUUUGUUUUCAGAUGUGUGGAAUUCGCAAAUUUCAUAUAUUCGUUUUCUCAUUCGUUUUCUGCACUUAUCUAUGUAGAUGACCAGCUGACCGUCUGUCUACCCGUCUCUUUAUCUCAGUCCUUUGUUCAUCCAUUUAACACUGCCUUCAUGUUUUUUCCCUAAUAUACUAAUCCUGAUUCUCAAAAAUGUUAUUCCCUAUAUAAGUGUAUUGCUGAUGUUCUUUACUUAUUCUGAAAUCUUUAUUUUUGUCCCAGACUGUUGCCGUUAUGUAAAAUGCCAGAAGAUUUUAUAAA